GGUUCAUGCAGUUCAUCCUCAAGUCGUCGACAUUAAUGACUGGUGAAAGUGCGAGCAAAGUGUUGAUCACGGAGGAGGAAAACAAGGCCAAGAUCCCCUGGUGUGGGGUAAUGGGUCCGAUUCCCGUUUGGGGCCACAUGGCGCGUGAGGGCUUGGCUUGUUGGACCUGAGAGAAAAUGCGCCGAGGUUGAGUUCACAUGUAACAGUCGUCAUCGCAUCCGGAGGCAGGAAGCGCUAGAAGUGCGCCGAAAGACCGAACAACUUAUAAGCCUUUUCUCUCUCUCUCUCUCUCUCUCUCCCGGGGUGGUUUGUUUUUAAUCUUUCAUCCAUCGUAUCACCUCGCGACUUUUACACAACUUUUCAUACAUCAUUAUCACCGCUACAACCCGCAACCAUGUCUCUCGCCAACGACAAGUUCCCCUCCUCGGCCGCCUUUGACGCGAUCAACCAGGCCAUCUCUGCUUCCGACGCCGACCGCAAGGAGGCCAUCAAGGCCGGCAACGCUGUUUUCGCCUUUGUGCUCAAGAACAAGGCUGGCGAGACGGACGAGUGGCACAUUGAUCUUAAGAACAAGGGGGCUGUUGGCAAGGGGCUUGGGGAAAAGCCUACUGUCACCCUCUCCCUCUCCGACGCCGACUUUGGCGCUCUUGUCGCCGGCAAGGCCAACGCGCAGAGACUGUUCAUGUCUGGCAAGCUCAAGAUCAAGGGAGAUGUCAUGAAGGCUACCAAGCUGGAUCCUAUUCUUAAGAAGGCGCAGACUAAGGCUAAGCUUUAGAUGUUUUCCUUUUGGGGAGGGGCUGGGAGUUUAGAUGUUGUUGUUGUCUGAUUUAAUGAUUGUGCGAUGUACUGCUGGGAUCUCUUUGUAUUAGUAUUAUACCACCCUGUUCCCCUCUUGAGGAUUGGAUUCAGAGGGGGGGCAGGCAGAGCUCCUGAGAUGAGGGCGGACGAAUGCGACUUAUUUUUUUCUGUGAUUAUAUU